AAGAACUUUACCAAAAUAAAAUAAAAUCUGAAUAUACAAGGAAGUGGAUGCAGUUACUGGAGGGCUACAUAUCCAGAGCUCAUGUCCAUGGGUUCUAUUUAAUUUUUCUGCCCACCAUGCGUCGACGAAUGAGAAUCCUCUGGUCUUUGGCCUUGGCGUGUGCCUUUUCCGUGCUGAUUUAUGUGAGCUACUUACUGGGCGAGCGUUACCACAACAAGCCCUUCCAGACCAUAGUGGCCCACUCCCAUGCCUCCAUAGAUCACAUCGCCUUUCCCGUGGUCAUUAUUUGCAACAAGAACCGCUUGAACUGGUCCCGGCUGCCGGAGAUCAAGAAACUCUACAAGGUUACGCCGGAUAAGGAGAAACUCUUCGAGAAAAUCCUCACCGCCUACGAUGGCUUGAGUUUCCAGCAAUUCAAUGUCUUUGACUCCCUUAUAGGGCAAGAUCUGGAGGGUAUGAAUAUUUAUAAUUUCACAGAGAUUGCGGCCGAGAUGUCCUGGAAGUGUAAUGAAAUCCUGGCGAACUGCAUCUGGCAGUCACGAAGCCGGGACUGUUGCCAGUUGUUUCGACCUCGUCGCCUGCCUUUGGGACACUGUUUGGCCUUCAAUGAGCUGGAGCAGCGAAAGGGCACGGGUACGGGACUCAAUACGGGUAUUUUACUACGUCUAUUACUCCGCGAAGAGGACCAUGCUCCGGGGAACUUGAAUCCCAAGGGAUUUUUGUUAACCGUUGUGGAGGCCUCUGUGUGGUUUGGUUUCCCCAUCGAUAUAGUGCCACAUAUCCGUACCAACGUGGCCGUCACCGCCGUAUAUCAUUAUUUUGACGAGACUACAUUGAGCCUGCCCUCCAGCCUGCGGCGCUGUGUGAUGGACUACGAGGUUGACAGCGAGCAUUUCCAGACCCUGGAGGGCCAGAAGUACAUGUUGGAGAACUGCCUGGCCGAGUGCCAGCAGCGGUACCUUCUGCGUUACUGCAACUGCACCGUGGACCUCUUCUAUCCGCCCUCAAACUACUCCGCCUGCCGGGCCACCGAUCUUCCCUGCUUGGCGGCCCACAAUCAUUUGUUGCAGAACUUUGAGCAGUCGGGGGAGCAUCCCUACGUCCACCGCGAUCACUCUGGGCUACUCUGCGACUGCCUGCACAAUUGUAAGUCCUUAACCCUGGUCACGGAUAUGCGCAAAAGUGUCCAGAGCCCGUGGAUUCCAAGUAACUCCACCCGGGAGAUGGGAAUGUGGCUGAAUGUCUACUUUAAAAAGCCCUCCAUGCUAGUCUACAAAACCAAUUUGCUUUACACCUGGGUGGAUUUAAUAGUUUCCUUUGGCGGCAUCUGUCAGCUAUGUUUGGGUUGUUCCAUUAUCAGUAUAAUUGAAUUUAUGUAUUUUUCAUUCUACAAAAUCCCCAAAUUUUAUUGGCAUUCAUAUAUACUAAAAAUGAAAUAUCAACGCAAUAAUAUUAACUUAAAAAACCGGUCAAUUUUAAAAUAG